AUGGAAUCAGUUCUAUAUCAAAAAAAGAAGAAAUUAAUGGUUAAGGGUUUCAUCGACAAAGCAUAUCGUGCAGGAACAACAAUCAAAACAGUGCAUACGAAGUCAACGAAACAAUGGUUGUGCAUUCUGAAUUCCCUGUUGCAGCGAACGGUCGAGCAGUCGCCUCAGCUUAUUCUUUUGCAGAUCCUCGGUUCCGCAUUGAGUCUGCAGAUGGAUGAUAAUAUCUUCGACAAUUCUGAAGAAGUGGAGCUUGAGAGGAUUCGCGCAUAUUCCCAUGAACACAUUAUGAGGCUCGUUUCAAGCCAGCACGGCGGAUACAGACGAAUUUUCAUUGGUUCUUCAGUAGCCGCCGGUAUCGGCAUUGCACUGCUUGUACUAAACGUAGUGAUUUAUGGUGGAACCCAACUAAUACUUUCCGAUUAUCCAGAAGAAUUAAGUGGUGAAUUUUCGUCUGAUGAAGAUGGAACAAGGAGAAGAAGAAAGAAGAAAAGGCCAAAGAAAAUGAAGAGCGCGGUUAUAAAUCCGGAAGAGUUCAAGACAACAGCACCUCUUGUACAUAUGAGAAACAUCGAAGGAGAAGUGAAGCAUGCUUUGGAAAAAGUCAAAUCUAAGGAGCUCACGGAGAUCAAGUUCGAUCCUUCGCAGAACGAGAUCACCGCGAUUGGAUCAACAAUUGACAUGUUCGAUAAACCUUUUCGGAAAACGAUCGAAUUUAGCAAGUCCGCUGAAGCUGAAGAGAAAAAACAAAAUAAGACAAAGAAGAAAGUUGAAGAGAAGAAGCCAGCAAAAACAACCCCAGUGCAAACAUCGUCAACCACUUCUAAGUCGACUCCGGAUGCAAAGAAGCAUUAA